AUCCCCACUUCCCUGCACUCAACCGAAUGGCGCGCGGCGAGAGGUUGUGCUCGCUCAGUUUCGUGUCGUGUUUCUUACGUCCUCGAAUACUUUGCAAUAAUACUUUUCCUUCGCGACAUGAAUGGGAUUAUUUGUUCGAAAUAUAACAAUUUAGGUGCGAUCGUCUGAUUAAUUGUGUCCCGGAAAAAUGUGUUACCAAUAACGUGUUGUUUAUUUGUUGUGAAGUGAUCGAAUAAAAUAUAAAAACCGGAUACCGUUGAGAUGGGUUCCAAAAUCGAAUACGUGGAUUCGUCACAUCUGUACGCUACAAACUACGUUCGAAAUUCGAAAGCUAUCGGUGUGCUUUGGGCAAUAUUUACGAUUUGCUAUGCGAUUAUAGCCGUUGUUGCAUUCGUGACACCUGAAUGGAUCGGAGAUUUAGAGACGGAGUAUCCAAGGAAGUUUGGACUGUGGCAAGUUUGUAAAGCUGACGAGGUGGAGGACUGUAAAGGGCGGUUAGACGAUUUCCUAUCAAUAAAUGGGCUGGUAUUCAAAAUUGCGACCGUGUUAGUGGGAAUAGCGGUCGCGCUCGCCCUGUUUACAAUAUGUGCAAUGCUGUUAUUCUUCUUUUGUCAAUCGACGACGGUGUUUCAUAUUUGCGGUUGGCUGCAGCUUUUAUCUGCUGCGGCUAUGGUGGCUGGCGUGGCGGUGUACCCUGCUGCGUGGAGUGAAACCUCCGUCCAGGAGACGUGUGGACCGACCGCUGACCAAUACAACAUUGGUCGUUGUCACAUCCGCUGGGCGUAUCUGUUGGCUGUAAUAGGGUGCCUCGACGGUAUCGUGCUGGCUGCCCUUGCAUUCAUCUUGGCCACUAGACACGUGAGGCUGCAGCCCGAUAGUGGCUAUCCACCACCUUCUUUGUACAAAGGCGAAGUGAACAACGCUUAUGUGACCGACGCGACAUCUGUCUCCGGAUCGCGGAAGUCCCUCGCGCUUCAGCCAGUACUCAUUAUGCAUCCACAUGCCCCAAUGGAUAUGGACACCUAUUCACAUUAUUCUGGAAGAACGGCGAGGUCGAAACACGGCAUUUAUGCUAAUACAAUGCAUAAUUAUCAACUAUAAAAUACAACAAAUAUUACGAGGUUACAUUUGUUAAGUAGUACCGCCAUCAGCCAAUAGAUGGCUCUUUUCCAAAUUUAAAUUCGCUCUAUGAAGACUAUUUUAUUGCGUUAUUUGUAAGUUUAAUUAAUACAACAAACCUGAAUUUAAUUUAAGCAAUUGAUGUAAGAUAUUACGUUAGUUAUAAUUGUGUAUAUAUAUGUAUAAUUUUAACAUAAGUAUUUCGAAAUUACUUUAUAAUAGUUAAUAAUAAGAUAAGUACAUAAAUUUAACAGAAUAAUGUGCGAUAAAACAACGAAGAAUUCGAUACACGAGUAGGUAAUUUUGUAAUUGUCUUUUAUUUUUAUAUGUUUUUAAUUAAAUGGUAAUUAAAGAUAA